AUGCCAGAGCCGCCCCCUGCAGAGGCCGCCACCACCGCUGCGCCCCGCGCAAACAACGCGCCGCGCCAGAGGCCUCGCCGCGACGGCCAGCCUUCUGACGACCGCGCCCAGCCGGGCCCGGGUGGAAGCCACGAGCCGAACGACAGAGCAGAUGGUGCGGGCAGGCCGCGCAGGCCUCGCCGCCCGAAACAGAGGGAUGGACAAGCAAGUACGCCAUUCCAAGAUGGCACGCCGUCCUCUGGCGGUCCGUCGCACAACGGUGGACGGAGAGGCGGCAGAGGUGGAGGCGGAGGCCGUGGUCGUCCUGCCUCUGGACCCUCCGACCGUCCCCAUCAUCCGAUCCAUCGCGGCAAGCCUGUAGGAGAUUCCAAGACUCCCCCAAGCGGACAGGGCACGCCCACGCAGAACGGCAAGGAGCUCGGCGACGCUUCUUCGGCAGCGGAACCACGGAAACCCCGCAAUCGCCGCCGCGACUUCAACAGCGAGCUCACCGAGGGCGGGUCCAGCGACGCGACCGGUCACGUCCACCAGUCCUCGACCGUGGACAAGUACCGCUAUGCGGUCCCGAAGGGAGACGACCUCACCUCGAGGCUCAUCGCCGAGCUCAGCGCCCCACCCUACCAAGACUGCCUUAUCUGUUUCGCGCCCAUUACGCCCAUGCAACCCACCUGGUCCUGCUCGCCUUCCAGUCCGACCAUGGCGGCCGAAGACGAGGAGGGUGCUGGGUCCAAAGAGCCGCGUGUAGGGACGGGCACACAGUGCUGCUGGGUAACCUUCCACCUCAAAUGCAUCCGGGAAUGGGCGCAAAAGAGCGUGAAGGAUAUCGAGGACGCAUGGAGAGCAAGAGGAGAAGAGAAGCAGGGCGAUUGGAGGUGCCCAGGCUGCCAGUCGAAGCGGACAGCCAUCCCUAGCAGCUACUGGUGCUUCUGCGGUUCGGCGCCUGAUCCUCGACCUCCACGGCUCGCAACCCCGCACUCGUGCGCCAACCCGUGUUCGCGUGCUCGUCCUUGCGGACAUCCCUGUCCGUUUACUUGUCAUCCGGGGCCCUGUCCGCCCUGCCAAGUUACCACCUCGCUGCCCUGCUACUGCGGCAAGGAAACACUUUCCUUCCGCUGCUCCAACUUGGGACGCAGUCGCCGCGGUGGCCCAACGACCGCGGAGCUCACAUGCGGACAAACCUGCGGGCGCAAGCUCGGCUGCGGGAAUCACCCCUGCCAGGACGUCUGCCAUUCCGGUAAAUGCGCGCCGUGCCCGGUGCGCGACAAGGCGCGUUGCUAUUGUGGCAAAGAGGAACAGGAGCUGGCAUGCGGAGAGGGCGAAGAGAAGGAGUCCGUGGUGGCCACCGUGGAGGGUGUAGAGCAGUGGGUCGGUCGCUAUACCUGCAAGGGUCUCUGCAACAGGCCCUUCGACUGCGGCACUCAUCAUUGCCAGAAGCCAUGCCAUCCCCCUUCGAUCACGCCUGCCCCUUGUCCCCGCUCGCCUUCACUUGUCACGCACUGCCCCUGCGGGAAACACCCUCUCAACCCGGAGUCCGCGCCGUUCUUCCCCUCGAGAACCAAACUCGUUCGGGCCUCUUGUGCCGACCCGGUCCCAACUUGCGAGUCCACCUGUAUGAAACCCCUCGGCGGUUGCGAGCACGUCUGCUCUGCCAAGUGCCAUACGGGACCUUGCCCUCCGUGCUCGAUCCGCCUCGUCCGACCGUGCCGGUGCGGUCUCACGAAGUCGCAGAUCCUGUGCUCAGAAUCCCAAGCGCAGGCGCGAGCGCGGGCUCGGGGCGAGACGGGCCCGGAGUCGGAGAUCCUAUGCGAAAGACCGUGUACGGCACACAGGUCGUGCGGCCGCCACCAGUGUAGUCGCAUCUGCUGCCCUCUUGCGUCCCUGGCGGCUGCCAACAAGAAGGGCAAGAAACGCGCGGGUGCGGACAACCUCGCCCUCGAGGAUCCGGAGGGGUGGCACGAGUGCGACAUCAUCUGUGGGAAGAUGCUCAGCUGCGGGAAUCAUCGCUGCGAAGAACGCGACCACAAGGGCGGGUGCCCGCCGUGCUUGAGAAGUUCGUUCGAGGAGAUGAUAUGUCACUGCGGGCGUACCACUCUUGAACCGCCGAUUCCGUGCGGGACGCGUAUUGCAUGCAAGUAUCCGUGCACUCAUCCACCUCCACCUUGCGGUCACCCCAAGGCUCAGCAUGCAUGUCACGAAGACCCGGCGCGCUGCCUGCCGUGCGUCUAUCUCACAAGCAAGAUGUGCGCAUGCGGCAAGAAGAUGGUUGACAAUGUCAAGUGCUCGCAGGAGAAGAUUUCGUGUGGUACCGCCUGCGGAAAGCUGCUAGCCUGUGGAUUCCACCACUGCGAACGUCCCUGCCACGGAGACGCGUGCGGUACGUGUCAAACCACCUGCGGCAAGUCUCGUAAGCUCUGCUUCCCUGCUCAGCACCCCUGCACACUGCCUUGUCACGCUCCUGCUUCGUGCGAGGAGUCUGAGCCUUGCCGGUCCAUCGUGACAAUCUCUUGUCCGUGUGGUCGGAUCCGCCAAUCUGUCCCCUGUGGUCGAUCUGUCACGAGCAACUCCGGCCGGGAAGGCAGUCAACAGCUGAAGUGCUCGAACGAGUGUGGGAUCGCGAAGCGCAACGCACGUCUCGCUGAAGCGCUCGGGAUCAACCCAGAGCGGGCAGAAGGCCGUAGCGCACAGGUCACCUACAGCGAAGAUCUCAUUAGCUUUGCCCGUGCCAACGGCAAGUUCUGUACCCUGGUGGAAAAGACUUUCGCGGACUUCCUGUCUUCCGACAAGAAGAGCCACCUGCUGCCGCACAUGCCCGAGCAGAAGCGCAAGUUCGUGCACGACCUCGCCACUGCGUACCGCCUGGACACCCAGAUGGUCGACCAGGAGCCGUACCGCUCCGUCCAGCUCCUCCGCCGCCUCGACUCGCGCGUCCCCGCCCCCCUCCUCUCCGCCGCCGCCACGCCCAGCGGCCUCGGCAAGCUCGCCGACCUCCGCGCAGCCUCCCGCCCCUCGUCCGCGUUCCAGAUGCCCGCCCGUGCGUCCCCGACACCGUCCGGCGCGGGGCGCGGCUGGACGAGCGUCGUCGCGCGCCCGUCCCAACCGGCGAGUCCUGCCCCGAGUUCUUGGGGGGCUGCGCCGACCCCCGCGCCGACCCGCCCGGCGACCGUCUCCGCGCCCGCGCCGCGGACGGUGCUCGCACCGAUUCCCGCCCCCGCCGUUCCUGAGCCCGCAACACCCGUGGAUGUCCCGGACGAUUGGGAGGACGCGGUAUGA